GUGAUAGCCUUGAGACACACACGACACGAAUGUCACUAUGAUGAUCAUUGCGGCUAUUUUAAGCAUUUUGUUGUAAACUAACCAAACUGUUUUGACGACGAAGUCAAGAGAUUAUCUCCACUAUACCCAACUUGCUUUAUCUCACGUUUAAGGCAACAUAAGUUCUUUAAUUUUGAUCCAUAUAUAUGCACAUAUACGUAUAGGAAAGGGUGUACAUGUACUUUUAGGUUCAGACCAAAGCGGAGAAAGACAUUUUGACAAUGUCUUCUGUUAAACUCCAGUUGCAAGAUAAGGGCAAUCAUGUGGUGAUGGAUAAUGGCAUUGCUCGUGUUACAUUAUCAAAGCCUGAUGGAAUUGUUACAGGUAUCGAGUAUAAUGGCAUUGAUAACUUGCUCGAGGUUCUUAAUGAAGAAUCCAACAGAGGGUAUUGGGACCUCGUUUGGAGUGGACCAGGAACCGCUGGUACAUUUGAUGUAAUAAAAGGAACAAAGUUUGAGGUAAUAAUAGAAAACGAAGAACAGAUUGAGAUUUCUUUCACAAGAAAAUGGGAUCCAUCGCAAGAAGGCAAAGCUGUCCCUUUAAACAUUGACAAAAGAUUUGUUAUGCUUCGUGGGUCGUCAGGAUUCUACACUUACGCCAUCUACGAGCACUUGAAAGAAUGGCCUGCUUUCUCAAUAGCUGAAACUAGAAUUGCCUUCAAGCUCAGAAAGGAGAAGUUUCAUUACAUGGCAAUAACUGAUGAUAGGCAGAGGUUCAUGCCAUUGCCUGAUGACCGGUUACCGGAUAGAGGCCAAGCUCUGGCUUACCCUGAAGCUGUUCUACUUGUUAAUCCUGUUGAGCCUCAAUUUAAAGGAGAGGUUGAUGAUAAGUACCAAUAUUCAUGUGAAAACAAAUACAUUACUGUCCAUGGAUGGAUAUGCACGGAGCAACCAUCAGUUGGUUUCUGGCUCAUAACUCCUAGCCAUGAGUACCGAACCGGUGGACCCCAAAAACAGAACUUGACAUCUCACGUUGGACCCACUGCUCUUGCUGUGUUUAUGAGUGCACACUACACAGGGGAAGAUUUAGUGCCAAAGUUCAGUGAAGGAGAGGCAUGGAAGAAGGUGUUUGGACCGGUCUUUGUCUAUUUAAACUCCUCUACUGAUGAUGAUAAUGACCCUCUUUGGCUCUGGCAAGAUGCUAAAUCUCAGAUGAAUGUGGAAGUAGAAAGCUGGCCUUACAGUUUUCCAGCUUCGGAUGAUUAUGUGAAAGCAGAGCAACGUGGUAACGUUGUUGGCAGACUUCUCGUUCAAGACAGGUAUGUAGAUAAAGAUUUCAUUGCAGCAAAUAGAGGUUAUGUUGGUUUGGCUCUGCCUGGAGCUGCUGGUUCAUGGCAAAGAGAAUGCAAAGAUUAUCAAUUUUGGACAAGAACAGAUGAAGAAGGGUUCUUUUACAUAAAUGGAGUACGACCAGGCCAAUACAAUCUCUAUGCAUGGAUUCCUGGUUUUAUUGGCGACUAUAAAUACGAUGACAUCAUCACCAUCACUCCAGGUUGUUACAUGUAUAUGGAAGAUCUUGUAUAUCAGCCUCCAAGAAAUGGUGCAACCUUGUGGGAGAUUGGCUUUCCAGAUCGAUCAGCCGCGGAGUUUUAUGCUCCUGAUCCGAAUCCAAAAUAUAUCAACAAACUUUAUCAAAAUCACCCUGACAGGUUCAGACAAUAUGGACUAUGGGAAAGAUACGCAGAACUAUACCCCGAUAUAGACUUGGUAUAUGUUGUUGGCUCUAGCGACUAUAGUAAAGACUGGUUUUAUGCUCAAGUCACUAGAAAAAAGGAUAGCAAAACAUAUCAAGGAACAACGUGGCAAAUCAAAUUCGAACUCAAAGACAUUGAUAAGGAUCACACAUAUACUUUACGAGCAGCCAUCGCAUCGGCUACUUUUGCCGAACUCCAAGUACGUGUAAAUGAUGCGAACGCAAGCCCGUUGUUCACGAGCGGAUUGAUCGGGAGAGACAACUCGAUAGCAAGACAUGGAAUACAUGGAUUGUACUGGUUGUUCAAUGUUGACGUGGCUGGCUCUAAGCUUGUAGAAGGCGAGAAUACAUUGUUUCUCACGCAGCCAAGGUCCGUAAGUCCUUUCCAAGGGAUUAUGUAUGACUACAUCCGAUUCGAAGCUCCCAGCUAAUCAGAUUUUCAUGCAAGAUUCUUCAGAAAAUUUAAGCAAUUUGAUUCAAAAAUCUUUGUUGAUUGAUUUGAUUCUUUUUUUUUUUUAAUAUGCGUUUGAAUUUCAAAUUUUCUAAUUUCGAUAAUUGUUGUUCUCUAUGAUGAUAAACAGAGUGUGUGUAACAACAAUAUUGGUUUUGCUUA